AUGUCCGACAUCCACAUGCACACCGCCACCAACGUCUCCUCUCAGCCCUCCUCGGGCACUCCUCCUCCUCCGUCCUCGUCUGGGGACAGCGCUCAGGCCGGUGCCGGCGGCGCCAACACUGGUCAUCACGACCAUCCCGGAGUGUAUGCCGGCGCCAUAUUGGCUCAAGUCGAGAUCCUUGCCGAAAACGUUCACGAGGUUGCGGCUGAAGUCGCGCACGUCGUCAACGCUCUCGGCACCGCGAACGAACGCGGCACCGCCCACGCAAAGUCGCUCGAUGAGCUAGCCAAGAAGAUGGAUGGGUUGGCCAUCGACAUACGUCAAGAGCUCCGAGCCCUCGACAUGAACAUCCGCAAUGGCAUCAAGGCUGUCACCGAUCGCCUCGAUAAGCUGGAGGCGCAGGCCGAAGCCCAAACGGAGGAGCUGGUCCGGACCUUCCAACUGGCGCUGCAGAACGCGUUUGCCGCCGGCGCGCAGCACGUCGCAAAGAAGUAG